UUCCAACCAAAAAACUCUAGAAAAAAACCUAUAUCAAUGGCACCCAGUUCCAUUCGGAAAGCAUUAGGGUUAGUUAAAGAUCAAACAACCAUUAACAUUGCAAAAUUGGCGUCUCAUAGUGACCCAGAAAUCGAAAUCUUGAUCGUUAAAUCCACAAGCCAUGAGAAAGAAAUUCCAAAUAUCAAACAUUCAAACGAGAUUUUGCAACAAAUUUCAUAUUCUAGAGAGAAAAUUAAAGAAUGUGUAAGUUUAAUUGCUAAACGAAUUGAAAGAACCCAUGAUUGGAUUGUCGAGUUAAAGUGUUUGAUUCUUGUUCAUAGACUAAUCACUGAUGGUGGUAAGAAUAUUGUGAAAGAAAUUGCUUCUGCUAAUUCAAGUUGUAGAAUGUUGAGUAAUUUGUGUUAUUUUCAAGAUUUAGCCCAUUCAAAUUCAUGGGAUUACACAGAUUUUGUGAGGAGAUAUGGGAUGUAUCUUGUAAAGAAAAUUGAGUUAUUGGUGUUUGAUGAAAUGUGGCUGAGAAAAAAGAAAAGGAGUUCAUUUGAUGAUUUAAAGAAAUUGGAGGAGAAAGAUAAGAAAAUGGAGGCAACCCAUUUGAGAGAUGAACUAAUCCUUGAGAGGGUAUUGAGUAGAAUGGAGAGAUUGCAAAGGUUGCUUCAAAGGGUACUCGAUAUGGGUUCGAGGUAUGUAAAAAAACACAGAAAACUUGUGAUUCUUGCUUUUGCUUUGGUUGUGGAAGAGAGUUUUGAGCUGUAUAUUGAUAUUUCUGAGGGCUUAUCAUUCAUGUUGGAUCGGUUUUGGGGUAUGGACUAUCUGAAUUCUGUUAAGACUUAUGGGACUUUUGCUACUGUGGCAAAACAGUUUGAUGAUCUUGCUGAGUUUUAUGAUUGGUGUAAGGGGCUUGAUGGUGCUGAUAUUCCUGUUGAGUAUCCAAAAGUUGAGAAAAUAGGGGAUGAUCUUUUGAAGUCCAUGGAAAAGAGUGUAAAGAAGAAGUCAAAUGAAACGAAAAGUUCUAGAAGAAUUGAGUUGAGGAACCCAUCAACUAUGUGUAAGAAGAAGCCAGAAAACAAUGAAAUUGGUAUGGAAUUGGUGAGUUUCUGUGGUGUUCAUGAGAAAUCAGGUUGUGAAGUUACCCAAAUGUUCGAUCGAUCUCUUAGUGGGACUCAAAUGAAAACGAGUAAUCAAUGGAUAGAGUUUUCGGAUGAUGGUGAACCACCCAUUACUCCAGUUGAUGAUUCAAGCAGUCUAGAUUUGGUGUUGUCUAAAACUGAUAUAUCCAAACAGAACCCUGAUUUUGUUGUCAAUUUUGAUGAUGUCUUGCUAGAUGGGCUUUAUGAUCAAACUGGUAUGAACCAGUUGAGUAGUGAUAAUGCUAGUAGUUUCGUGUCGCCUUGGCUAGACGAGAAGAAUGUGGUUUUGUCACUACCGAGCAAUGAAGGGUCAGUCGAGACAGUUACUCAGGAUCCAUUCGCAGCAUCUCUAGCAGUGCCGCCUCCUAUAUAUGUUCAGUUAGCCGAGAUAGAGAAGCAGCGGCAUUUGCUGGUUCAAGAGCAACAGCUUUGGCAUGAAUUUGUUGCAAAUGGGAUGCAGGAUCAAGUCAAUCUUUUGGUGCAUAAUGGGCCUUUAAUCAAUGCUACUGCUCCUCAUGAAAUCAUGCUUUAUCCUUGGUGAAAAUAUAAGAAUGUAUGCCUUUAGAAUGCUCUUAAACCAUGCAAAUGUUUCUGAAAAUAUUCGUUCGUAUAUGCUUAUAUACUGAUUGUUAGCAAGGAAGCAGAGUACUUCAACAGUUUUUUUUAUAGGUUACGGAUUUUUGUUAUGCAUUUUACAGAUUUAU